CGGCAGAAACUCGUUUGUGCAGUAUCGUGCAUACGCUACGUUUACUUUGAACUACUCGUCUAUUCGCACACACAUUCGUGAGCCAAUUCCGACAAGAUUUUGUGACAAAAUUUACCAUGGAUUACUGGACAAUAUCGUUAUCCAUCGUGAUAGGAGCUGUGGGGAUUUAUUAUUUCUUCAGAGAAUUCAAUUACUUCAAGAGACGCAAUCUUAUCCACGUCCCGCCUAUUCCAAUAUUCGGCUCUAUGUUGCUGUUAAUACUUCGCCGAAUGUCAGUCAUAGAACUCUUGGAGAAGUUAUACUAUUUCAAUUCGGACGCCAAAUACAUUGGAUUAUACGCUGCAACGCAACCUAUCAUCUUUAUUCGCGAUCCGGAGCUUAUCAAAGAAACCUUCAUUAAGAACUUUGACAACUUUCCCAAUCGCAUAGGAUUUGGCUACAUAAACGAUCCCUUGUUCUCAAAGAACUUAUUUUCCCUUCAGGGGCAAAAGUGGAAAGACGUGAGAACAAUGUUGAGUCCAGCAUUUACAACCAGCAAAAUGAAGACCAUGUUUACUUUGAUGUUGGAGUGCGCUGUGGACUUUGCCAAGUAUUUGUCGGAAAUAUCAACGGAUAAAAACGAUAUGGACAUGAAGGACGCUUACACUAAAUAUGCGAACGAUGUGAUUGCCACGUGUGCUUUUGGAAUUAAAAUUAAUUCUUUACGUGAUCCCACAAACGAUUUCUACGUUUUCGGUAAAGAGGCUACUAACUUCCAAGGGUUUCUUAGUAGUAUCAAGUUUUUCCUUUUUGGAAACUUUCCGAAACUCGUGAAAAUUCUCGGUUUGAAAUUUAUAAGAGACGACGUGGGAAAUUUCUUCAGAAAUGUUAUCAAGUCCACAAUCGACACCCGUGACACCGAGAACAUUACACGUCCCGAUAUGAUACAAUUGAUGAUGGAUAUCAGGGGUAAACGUGAAGCUGAAAGAGAACUCACUAUUGAGGAAAUAACCGUGCAGGCAUUCGUUUUCUUCCUCGGUGGUUUCGAAACCGUUUCAACCGCGAUGUCCUUCGUUACUCACGUAAUCUCAGACAAACCAGAUGUGCAGGCGAAGUUGCGGCAAGAGAUCGACAAUGUUCUGGAGAAUUCCAACGGAGAAGUGACUUACGAAGCUAUUAAUCAUCUUGAAUAUUUGGGUGCAGUGAUAAACGAAGUUCUCAGACUCUAUCCACCUGUUGUCAUACUGGAAAGAUUAUGCGAGAAGGAUUACGAAUUACCGCCCACGUUGCCGAAUGAAAAGCCUUUUACUGUAAAGAAAGGUCAGGUUGUCUGGGCACCGGUUUAUUCGAUUCAGCAUGACAAGAAGUAUUUUGAUGAUCCGGAGGAAUUUCGUCCGGAGAGAUUCUUGGGCAACAACACGUACCACAACUCCCCUUAUUACGCGCCAUUCGGGUUAGGGUCACGAAUGUGCAUCGCCAAUAGAUUUGCAUUACUGGAGAUUAAGGUCUUGUUAUUUCAUAUAUUGGCGCGAUGCGAAUUGAAACCUUGUGCGAAAACUAUAUUGCCUAUAAAAUGCAGUAAGUCAGCAAGUAUAACAAUAGCUGCCGAAGGUGGAUUCUGGUUGAAUGUUCAACGCAGAAGUGAUAUGCAUUCUACAAUUCGAUCAAUGACGCUCGAUGAUGGUGUUACUAAUAUUUAAAAGACAUUCUGAGUUGAAGCAUGGAAACUAGUCCGAAUCAUAUUGAACCGGUUGUAAAUAAAGCAGGAAAUGAAAUUUCGCGAGUUUUAUAUGAUUGGCUGGGUGUGGGUCUGGGUUGAUUCUGUCUGGAUAUUAAAUAAUAAUGUAUAUUUAUAUAUUGUUACUAUAUAUUACACACACACACGCGCGCGCGCACGCCCGCACACAUACGUUAAUGUUUCAAUAAAUGACUACAUUUUCAUGUCCUAAAUAGUUUUUAUAACAAUAAUAUUAUACUAUCAUUUUGCGAUGUCAUUUUUAAAUUUACAUCGGUCGUGACGUUCUAUUGUUCCGUUUUUUUAGUAACUAUUACGUAACUAGCUGUUGAAAUUUUAAACUUAUUAUAUUCUCUAACGUUUUUAGAACAUUCUUUUUGCCUCUUGAGUUGCAAUUCAAUAGCUGUCUCGAGACAGUAUUAUAACAUGAAUAAAGAUCAUAGUCUAACGUAGCAAAGUACGUAUAAUUCUUAGUUCAAUUCUUAAGAAGCAUUACUCAACAUUAUACGAUGAUAAUCGAAUUUUUUUCAAUCUCUAUCAAUAUAUAAUUGUACACAAAUGAUAAUGUACAUAGAAUAAUAACGAUACUUACUAUUAUAACAUCAUCGAUCAUGUUAUCUUGCGUUAAUUCUACGCCAUAUUGUAUCACAAGUAUAUGAAAAUACUUUAGAGUUUUUAUCAUAUAUCUCGGAAAUUGUUAUCUGUUAUGACCAGCCCACUCCACUCCACUCCACACAAACUGCAAAGCAGCACACUGCAAUGUCGUGGAUUGCCGCUGAAAUCAUACGGCAAUUGAUUUAAUCUUGGACUACGUCUUAGGAAUAUAUUUGUAACAUUAUACUUGUAAUAUCGUACAUUUGUUAUAAAAUAAUGUGCCACGACACUAAUAGUUAUCAAUAA